UAUAUAUUAAUUCCUGUUUAAAUAAUAAUUAUAUUAUGCAAUGGAAAUGUCAAGUCUAAUCUUGAAAAUCAACUUAUAGGUUCCCGAGAAUGUACAGAUGGUGGGAAGGGAGAAUGUGGAAGUCAUUAACAUUCUGGUGAACGAAGAGGAAAGCAUGGAAGUGGUCUCCCCACUGAUGCAUACCAAGAGCUCAUGGACCAAGAGAACCAAUAACUUUUACAUCUAUAUUACAACUGUAUUCUGCACCAUGCCCUGUUGCUAUGUAUGCGGUAAAUCUAGAAAUAAUAAAAGUAAAGUAGAAAACAUAAAAUUUUAUAGAUGUCCUGUCAAUGUGCCACUAAUAAAGGAAAUUGGGAAUCAGUUUGCUUUAAAAAAUUCUUUAAGUCUGAACAAUAUUACCAAACAUAGCGUUCAUUAUUCAGCUCAUUUUCACCCAUCUUCAUUUCUAGAUAACAACAAAAUUAUUAAGUUGUUGAAAAAAAAUGCUAUACCAUCCUUGAUAGUUUCUAGAGUGAAAUCUGCUCAGAAUGAUUAUUCAAAGAUGACAGUACCUAUUCCAGGAAUAUCAAAUUAAGUUGUCCAGCAAGGAAGUGGUACAAUUUAUUAUUUAUAAAGUCCAAAGGAAAUUAGUAAAGGUUUCAUGUGUUAACUAUGGAUUCAAAUAUUCAAUGGGAGCAAGCUACCAUUUUGAGUAAUUUGAGAUCAAAGACUUUUUUUAAUGCAAUAUAUGUUAUUUUGUGAUUUGUUCAUUACUUAAAUAAAGAAGCUAUACUUUAUGUAAGAAGUAUAUUUUGUAUUUUUAUUUUCCAAUAAUAUAUAUGGUAAGACAAAUUAAAUGUUUCCAAUAAUAUAAGGUAGACAGUAAGUUUUUGUACAUGAUUGUGUUUGUGCACAAGAUAAUUUUUUAUCAUACUAUUAUGUUUUUAGCAAAAUGUAAAGGCUUCAUUUUUGGCUGCUAGUACUUACAAACGCUAAUGGGUACACCAAGACGUCAAUUUUUAAAACCUGGCAUUCGACAAUCAAACGAUUAAAACUCAUUCAAGAAACUAUUCGUUGAAAAAAUAAGAAAAUAGUUUCAUUAAAUGAAAUAGUAUUGUAAUCAAGAAAGGAAAAUCUUAUCAGUGAUGAUGCAAAUGAUAUGUUAUUGGAUUAUUUUGGCAUAUGAGUAUGUCUGAAAACAGUUCAACAAGUUACUUCCACAUUCAUAUAAACUGGGAAAAUGGUAUUUUCAUGUCAACGCUGAACCUAGUUUUACAGUAGAAGCCCUCAAAACAUUAACAUUAAAGGUACAAAAUAGUUAUCAACCUGUAUAUUUUUCCCUAAUGUUUGAAUAUCGAUUCCUUCAACAUUUAGAAAGUGAUGGAAUAAAAUAUUAUGGUCGUGUGGUUCUCGGUAAUGGUCUUAUUAUUAACUCUAAUUAUUUAAAUUGAAAUUUUAACUUUUCUAUAUCAGCUAUAAAUAUAUAUAUAUAUCAGCCAUUAUCCUGUAAUCUCUAUUGCUCUAUAUGUCAAUAUGUCAUAUGGUGUGCUUGGUUAUGUCGUUGGAUACAUUAAACGUGUAUACCAUUAAAUUUCAGAAACGAGGUCUGCCACACGCGAGUACACUUAUUAUCCUGACGAAAGAAUGAAGGAUAGUAAGUUGCGCCCUCCAGAGGACGUCGACACUCAACGACCUAUCAAAUCACAGAUAAUGAACUGUAUCUGGGAACUAAGGUAUUAAUGCAUAAGGACAAUCCGGAUAUUUUAAGUAAUAAUAACCAACGUAAAGACUUUUUUGAAAGGUGUCGUCAGUUCUUACAAACAUCUUCUUCAGAAAUGAAAAAAAGAUAUAAUAUGGCUGAUCCUGUCUUAACAGAAUUAUUUAGUUUUAAACCAAAAAAUGCUUUGUCAUUAGAAUUUAGAAACACUAAGCCUUCUCUUGUCAAUCUAAUUAAAUUAGUUCCUUGUAUCAUUAAUAUUAAUGAUCCCCGAAUACAAGUCAUUGAUGACGAAUGGCGUAAAUUACCUAUUUCAAUAAGUUCACUUCCAGAUGAAAUUGAAAAUAUGAUUGAACCGGAUACAUUUUGGUGGUCUAUUAAAAAGUUUAGCAUCGAAAAUGAUACUCAAGAAUUUAUUCAACUAUGUAAUUUUGCACUGGCUUUGCUUAGUUUACCACAUGCAAACGCGGAUUGCGAACGAAUAUUCUCUUCUGUAAAUUGUAUGAAAACCAAGAUCAGAUCAAAAUUAAUAACUGAAACUAUAAGUGGGCUACUUCAUACAAAACAAUGUAUAAAAGGUGGCAGUAAAAGUCAGAAUAAUUGUACUAACUUUGAACCCACUAAUGCCAUGUUAAGUAGAAUGACUGCAAAUUCUCUAUAUAGUAAAUGCGAAGAGUCAAUAUUUUCUGAUUUAAAUGAUAGGUUAGAUCAUAAAUAA